AUGGCCAUGUGUCAAUGGCCUAUCAUCUACUGCCCUCUAGUGGCGGACUUGGAAGCCACACAAAAUAAAAUAACCAGCCAAGGAGCUCAUCCUCCUAAAAAGAAGGUAUCGGGUAAAAGGUCUGCCAAGGCUAAGCCUGCUGCACUCAUAGAUGGCCUCACCAAGGAGGAGCUUUCCAAAGAGCAGAUAAUCGAGCACAUUGUCGUCCUGCGAGAAGAGCUGGACAGAGAGCGGGAAGAGAGGAACUACUUCCAGCUAGAGCGAGAUAAGAUCCACUCCUUUUGGGAAGUGACAAAGAACCACCUGGAGGAGGUCACUGCCCAGCUCAGAAACAUAGAAAAGAAGAUAGAGGAUGAUGAGGGGCGCCACCUGGUAGAAAUCAAGGUGUAUAAGCAGAAGAUGAAGCACCUGUUGUGUGAGCACCACAACAACAUCUCCGAGCUGAAAGCAGACAAUCUAGCGUCCAUUGAGGAGAUGCAAAAAGAACACGCCCGACUGGAGAGCGACCUUCACAGUAGGAUGGCCGCCGUCAGGUUGGAAACACAUGAGUUUGACAUUGAAUACCUCGUCAGCAACCUGGAGAAGGGACACAAUGAAAAAUUGAUGGAAACAAAAAAGAGCUUCGAGAAUAAACUAGCAGAAACGGAGGCCCAGUACAAGGAACACCUGGGUCUGUUGCAACAGGAAAUGGACAACAUGAGGAAAAAGGAAGUGAGCGAGCGAGAGCAUCAGUGUAACAGUCACAUCAGCGCUGUGAACAGAGACCACCACAGCAUAUUUGAUGACGCACGUGUUCUUCUGAAUAAAAACGUGGAGCAAGAUCGGGAUCUCACUGAGUCACUGAAGAAACAAAUAGAAGACCUGAAGACAAAACAAAAGGAAAAGGAGAAGAAUCUGGCCAGGGUUGUACCAGAAAACAAGACCCUGGCUAAGCUACUCUUUGAGGCCCAGGAGAAAAAUUCUGAGCUUCAGAAAAAAAUGAAGAACCCCAUAAGGAAAGAGGACCCCAUUGAAAAGAUCAAAGAAAAAGAGCUGCAUGAUCAGAAACUGAAAUUAGAGCAACUGCAGCAGAAAUUCAGCAAGCAUCAGCAGGCGAGAGACGAGCUGCACAAGAGCCUGAGUCAGAAUGUUCAGCGGUUUCAACAGGAAGAUAACGAGAAGAACGUGAAGCUGGAGGAGAAAGUCAAAGACCUGACGCACAGCUUAGACGCGGCAGAAGUGAAGAUCUCCUCCGUAAUCUUGGUCUCUAACAUGGACCCAACUGCACUGAGCGAGGCCACAAAAAGAGUGGAGAACAUGAUCGACUCCAGCAAUAAGUCCAUUAAGGAUCUACAGCGUAAAAUCGAUCAAAUUUCCAAGGCUCGUCAGGAUUUACUGCUCAACUUUGAGACAAAGCAAUUGACUCUCGGUGUCCCUGUAGAGCAACUUUGUGUAUCGUAUUCUUGAUUUUGCAAUCAAUUAUUGGCUGUGUGA